UGAGAGGUCGGCUUCAUUUUCCUCCGGACUUGGGACAGGGGUACUCAUGGCGCCACCCGUGAGGUACUGCAUCCCCGGCGAACGUCUGUGUAACUUGGAAGAGGGCAGCCCGGGCAGCGGCACCUACACCCGGCAUGGCUACAUCUUUUCGUCGCUUGCUGGCUGCCUGAUAAAGAGCAGCGAGAACGGCGCGCUUCCUGUCAUAUCUGUGAUGAGAGAAACAGAGUCCCAAUUACUGCCAGAUGUGGGAGCUAUUGUAACCUGUAAGGUCUCUAGCAUCAAUUCACGCUUUGCCAAAGUACACAUCCUAUAUGUGGGGUCCACACCACUUAAGAACUCUUUUCGAGGAACUAUCCGCAAGGAAGACGUCCGAGCUACUGAAAAAGACAAGGUUGAAAUUUAUAAGAGUUUCCGCCCAGGGGACAUUGUCUUGGCCAAAGUGAUCUCCCUAGGUGAUGCGCAGUCCAACUACCUCCUAACCACUGCCGAAAAUGAGCUGGGAGUGGUGGUGGCCCACAGUGAAUCGGGUGUCCAGAUGGUUCCCAUCAGCUGGUGUGAGAUGCAGUGCCCUAAGACCCACACUAAAGAAUUCCGGAAAGUGGCCCGAGUACAGCCUGAAUUCUUACAGACCUAAGAAGCCACACUUUACCCCAUGCAUGGGAGUAAGCUCCUUCCAAGAGUACAUGUGUGAAAGUGACAUCAGGAUGCCGUUGUCUUCAUUCAGGCACCUGGGGCUGGCCAGCAGCCACCUCUAGAAAAAUCUUACUCUGUAGGCAGAACAUUUUUCCUGUGAAUCAUUCAGUGGAUUUCAUUGAGUGAUAAAUUUUCUCUUUUGGAGGCACCAGCAAACCUACUGUAUGAUGGUGGAAAUAGCCUGUUGUUUGUGACAGUCUUACAAAUAUUGUAUUUUUUGCUGUGACAAAGAAAACAUUUUUACGAAAAGAAUUUUAUGGUUUCUGUUAUAUUGAGUAGGGAAAAGAAUCUAAACAGUGUCAUGACAUUUAGAGCAGGGUCUUGCCUGGUGGCACCGAUUAACAGACAUGUGUUAUGUGCUUUCUUGCUCUAGACAAUGCCUAAUUGCCAAUCUUUUUUGUAUAUUCUGUUGUACAUACUUUUGCUUAUUGAGUACUUGCUAUGUGUCAGGCACUAGGUUAAGUACUUUAUAUACAUUCCCUCAUUUAGAGAGAUUAUGGUUUAGUGAAAAUUAUGGGACACGUGGUGAUUCAGGUAGCAUGUGAGUAAUUCUGAAAGUAAUUUGGUAAACAAAGUAUUACUGAUACAGUAGACACUCCAGGAAAUGUUAAAUAUGAAUUGAAAAGAGGUACAGAACACUAUCAUGUGAAGUGGCCAGGAAAGGAUUUGUAACAUGAAGUGAAAGGAAUUAAAGAACUAAGAUAAGUGAGGUGAAGAUAUUCAGAGCAGAGAGAGAAGCCCAAGCAAAGUGCAGAAUCAGGAAUGUACACACAAGCUUGAGGACAAGCAAAGGAUGAGGGUUAAGCAUGGGGAGGUUGCAGAGAGAAUGAAAGGAAAGAUGAAUUAUGUCACUUCUUGAGAUGUUAUUAGGGAGCCCAUGUCUUCUCUGUGAAGUGAGAAUUGUUGGGGUAAGCUUUGGAGUCAUCCCACCUGGGUUUGUGUCCUCUAGUUGCCUUAAGCCGGGUUAUACGUUGUUUUGUUUUUUUUAAUUGAAAUUUUUAUUGACGUAAUUUUAAGUAAUUGCAGUUUUAAGAAAUAAUACAGAGAUUCCCUUAUGCACUUUUCCCAGUUUCCCCCAGUGGUGACAUUUUGCAAAAUAAUAAUAUGCUGUACUAUAACAAUCAGGAUGUUGAACUGAUACUUGAGCAAAUUAUUUUUAUUUCUUUAAGUCUGUUUCCUCAUCUGGAAUAGUGUGACCUCAUAGGAUUAUUAUGAGGAAGAAAUGUAUAAAAGUGGUUAGUACACACCAAUAUUACUGUUAUAUAUUAUUGUUGUUAUUAUAUAACUGAUGAUUGCCUUCUAUCAGGUAUCUACUAAAUGCCAGGACUUGAUGCUAGAUACUUCAGUGUAGUUUGUAUUGAUAUAAUCAGUCUCCUAUUGAUAGAUAUUUUUAAACUUUUUUUCUUUUACAGACAGUGCUGCAUAGAAAAUCCCUAUACCAUAUAUCUUUGUGCAUGCCUAUGAUUCUUUUGCAAAACAGAUUCCUAGCAGUGUAAUGCUGAGUAAAAGAAUAUGCAUAUUUAAA